AUCAAAUCACCCCAAAACUAAGUUCAGCUUUUCUAGCUUGUUCUUUGUUCACCAUUUUUUUUUUGCAGUCUCUUUUAGUCAUCACCAUCUUCAUUACCAUUACCAUUAAAGAAAAUGAUCACUACUGUUGAUGUUGAGGAUAUGAGGAAGCAGCACCCAGUCUCAUCUGGACCAUGCGGAGGAGGAGGAGGGUCUCGUUGGGAUGAUGGAAUUUACUCAGGUAUACGACAGAUUGUGAUAACUCAUGGUGCUUGCAUUGACUCCAUUCAGAUUGAGUAUGAAAAAGAUGGACGAUCAGUUUGGUCAAAGAAGCAUGGAGGGAAUGGAGGAAAUAACACUGACACGGUGAAGCUUGAUUACCCAGAUGAGUUUCUGUCAUCAAUUGGUGGAAAAUACGGGAGCCAAGAUUUACUGGGUGGACCUGAAGUGAUUCGUUCACUUGUUUUUGAGAGCAAUAGAAGAAAAUAUGGUCCAUUUGGAAUUGAACAAGGUAAGUCCUUUCUUGUGCCAAGAGAGAAGGAGAAGAUCGUAGGGCUCCAUGGGAGAUGUGGUUGGUACGUGGAUGCCAUUGGGGUUUACAGCUUGAUGAAGCCUGAGAUGAAAUCCUCAAAAACACUUGUUCAGUCAAACAGCAGCUCUAGUUUCUCUGUUAUUCAAGGCAGUGUAGCAGAAAGUUAUGACAUAGUUCUUGCUGUGAGACAGAAGGAUUUACAUGCCAAGCCUUCACCCAGUAUAGUUCUCUCCAGGCAAUCUUCUGGGUCCCAAGAUUGUUCCAGUGAUGAAGUAGCUGCCAAGACUCCAAAGGUAGUCUCCAAAGAGGAAGGAGUGAUAACAUACGGACCAUGGGGCGGCAAUGGUGGACUGAUAUUCAACGAUGGUGUUUACAGUGGAAUUAGACAAGUUAAUUUAUCGAGGAACAUUGGAAUUGUGUCGAUCAAAGUCUGUUACGACCAUGAUGGGCAAGCUAUAUGGGGAAGCAAGCAUGGAGGUACUGGAGGAUUCAGAAGUGAUAAGAUAAUCUUUGAUUACCCAUCAGAGAUUUUAACACAUAUAACAGGAACCUAUGGACCUUUAAUGUACAUGGGUCCUAAUGUCAUAAAGUCAUUAACUUUCCACACAAAUAAAGGUAAACAUGGUCCAUAUGGAGAAGAACAAGGACCCACUUUCUCCAACAAAAUAAACCAAGGCAAGAUUGUUGGGUUCCAUGGAAAAGAAGGUUUGUUCCUUGAUGCCAUUGGUGUAUAUGUGAAGGAAGCCAAAAUAACACCUUUAAAUCCAUCUUCUUACAAAGUUAUAGAAGGACACGUAGCUGAAAUACAGAAUUCAGGUUGGUCGAAUAAGUUAGUGCUCGCUAAACCAGGAGCCAUUGAAGAGGUUUCUUGUGGAGUUGUAAAAGAACCAGCACCAUGUGGACCGGGUCCAUGGGGAGGAGAUGGAGGAAGACCAUGGGAUGAUGGGGUAUUUUCUGGGAUUAAACAAAUAUUUGUGACCAGAUCAUCAGAUGCUAUUUCCUCCAUUCAAAUUGAGUAUGAUCGGAAUGGUCAAUCUGUUUGGUCUGUUAAACAUGGUGGGAAUGCAGGAGUUGUCACUCAUCGGGUAAAAUUAAACUACCCACAUGAAGUAUUGAGUUGCAUAUGUGGGUAUUAUGGGGCGGUGAGUAAAGAAGAUAAAUCAAAUGUGAUAAAGUCAAUAACUUUUUACAGUAGCAGAGGGAAGUACGGACCUUUCGGGCAAGAAAAGGGAACAUUUUUUACUUCAACAACUACUGAAGGAAAAGUGGUUGGUUUCCAUGGCCGGAGCAGCCUCUACUUGGAUGCUAUUGGAGUUCAUAUGCAGCACUGGUUAGGAAAUUAUCAGAAAUCCAUCAGACAUUCUCUCUUUAAGUUUUUUUGAUAAUAUUCCAAUGGAAAUGUUUAAAUAAAUAUUUUGUUUGUUGGA